GCCGCCGCACCGCUGGGACUUUGCAUUCCCGCCGCUGACCGCCUUCUCUCCCGAACCCGCCUAUUUCCUCGUACCUUUCCCACCGGCCUCUUCCCUUCGAUACCCGAGCCAGGAUGUCGGAAAAACGCGUCGAGGAGACACCGGCUGAGCUGAGCGCUAAGGAAAUGAAAGAAAAGAAGGAAAAACAUGACGAGAAAACAGUCCACAAAGACAAGAAGAAGGAGAUAGUAGAGGAUGAGGAAAACGGAGCUGAAGAAGAUGAGGAAGAGAAUCCUGAUGAUGUUGAUGAAGAAGAAGGUGGUGAUGAGGAUGAAGAAGGAGAUGAGAACGGGCAAGAGCAGGAUGGUCAUGCAGAAAAACGAUCUGCAGAGGAGGAAGAGGAUGAAGUGGAUCCAAAGAGACAGAAAACAGAAAAUGGGUCUUCAGCUUGAGUCCUCCCCUCCCAUCUCCUAUGUUCCGUCCAUCUCCUCUUCCAUUCCAGCCUGUGCUUGCACUGUCUGUUAGCCUCUGGCUUCACACAAUCUCAGAUGAGGAAAGAUUAGAAACGCUCUCUAACAGGGAAGACAGCAGUUUCCUUCUCACCCAAAGACCUAGCCCACCCUUGG